AUGACGGUAAGUAGUCUAUUGAUGUUAAUUUCACAGAAUAAUGAAGAGACAGGUUGCAAAAUCACAUUUAUUAAAGUUACAAAUGAUAAGUUUUCAUGGUCGAGAAACGUCGAUCUCAAAGGAGCUAAUCUCGCUGGAAAUUACAAAGACAUGCCAUUUAUCAUCAAAUGCAUCGAUACGAGCGAGAAAGUAAGCAUCGAUAUCGUUAAAGAACUGAAUGAGGUCAUGCCUGAAAAUCCCAAUUUGCUGAAGAUCAUAGUCGUUUCAAAGGGGGGUUUUACGGAAGAAUCAUUGGAACUCGAAAAGAGAAAUAAGUGUUUGAUCCUUACCGACAAGGAUCACUUGGUUUCGGAUCUCAUGGAUCGUUACAUGAUGAUUAAAAACGAACAAAAUAAUAAUGAUUAUCAAUAUCAAAACCAACCAAAAAAAAAAAGUACACCACGCUCUUCUAAGGCUGAAGAUCGUUAUUAUCCAAAACAAGUAUUACAUUGGGAAAUUUUGAUCAAGAAUGUAUGA